AUUCCGCGGAGCAGCAGCAUGCAGGUCUCGUACCCGAUCCUGGGCCUCGGCCAAGCCAAGCAGCUCGUGGCCAUCUGCGGCGGCGGUGGCUCGGCGCGCACAGGCGUCAAGAACACGGUCGACGUCUACGCUGCGCCGACCGCAACGACCGGCUACACGCUCCUCGGCAGCGCCGACACGGGCACCGAGCUUGCGUCCGGCCUCGCCAUCUCGCCAGACUCGAGCCUCCUCGCCGUGAGCAUCAACGCGUCGUGCUGGCUAUACGCGGUCGCGUACGAAGAGACCAAGGCGGCCUUUGCGCUCACACUCCUCGUCAAGUUCCGCACCGACUUUGCCGGCGCCGAGAGCGGCCAGUCCAGCGUCUGCUUCGUCGGCAACCACACUCUGCUCACGGGCGGCGAAGACAGCGUCAUUCGUAGCUGGUCCAUCGCGACCAACGUCACAACCAAAGGCUGGGCGACAGCACCUGCGCUGGACGGCGCGCCCGACAUGACGCCUGUCCUCGGCGACUCUGCGAUCGGUGACACGUCGUACGUGCAGCUUGUCGGCGAGUUUAAAGCCCACACGAAGCGCAUCAAGCAGAUCCACGUCGACGCGUUUAGCCGACAGCUCGUCGUCUCGAGCGACGAAGCCGCGUCCUGUCACCUCUGGUGGCUCCACGAAGGCGCGGCCAUCACAUGCUCGCUCUCCCAGGCCGACGCCCUCGCCGCGUGCUUUGCAGCCUACCCCAAGUCGGUCCCGCUGCCGCCAAAGGGCGCCAAACAAGCGCCGACGGUCUUCAAGCACCAAUUCCGCUGCGUCCGCUUCGCGCCCAGCGGGCAAUUCCUCAUGACCGUGCUGAGCCCGCCCCGCGGCGACGCCUUCCUCAUCAAAUGGGUACCCGUGACCACGUCGCAGGUUGACGCGGCGUCGUGGCAGUGGCAGAUCGCCGCGAUCGCGGUCGCCGGGAACGAGCCCGUGGGCAGCUGCUGCAUCAGCGUCGAUGGCCAGCUCGUCGCAACAGCCACCGCGUCAGGCGACGUCCAAACGUUCGCGACCGCCACUUUGGAGAAGGUGCGCCGCGAGCAACUCCCUGAAGAGCAUACGUUUGCUGUCACGGGCAUGGCCUUUGUGCCCCAAGACGACGGCUACCGGCUCUGCACCGCGGGCGCCGACAAGCGACUCUUGGUGCACGCCGUCUCGUCCGAGCCAGUGGCCAAGGGUUUCUCGCUGCGGUCUUUCCUCGGUCGUCUCCUGCGCUUCGUAAUUGCGCUCGGCUUUGGCGCGCUUGUUGGCGCGCUCGUCGGCAGCAUCGCGCUUGUCUACUCGCACGCCACGUACCCCGACGACGUGCUGGUGGCCCACCCGUUCACAGGCGUCCUCGACAUGCUCGCGUACGAAUUCCAGACGUCGGACGCUUCGGCGACGCUUAUCGCCCUCGGUGUCGCGCUCCUUUCAGCGCUGGGCGGCGUCUGGUUCUGCCUCCGCACGUCGCUCGUGCACGGCUUGUUCCUCCACGGCCUCGGGCUCUGCGGCCUCUCGCUCACGUCUCUCUACGUGGCCAUCGUCCCCGAGAUGGCGGUGCGCUGGUCCAUGGCGCCGCUCGCGGUCUCGUCCGAGCUUCUGGAGUACAAGCUCGCGAUUGUGAGUGGCAUGGCAUGCGUCGCGCUCCUCAUUUUGCACGCGCUUCUCGUCUUGGUCGUGCGUCCGUAAAGCAACUAGACUAGAAGCGUCCCUAGAGCUGCCAAUUUUGACACCACUUGAAUAUUGUCCAUCACGUCCCUCUGUGUGUACCUCU